AUGGUUGUAUUAAAAAAGGAAAAGGCUGUUGCCUUCAACCAAAAGAAUUUGGAGGUUUCUAAAUAUGUAUCUCAACCUUCCUUAGUUAUAGGCAGUUUUUUUAAUGGGUUUGAAGGCAAUCAACAGAAUAAUUUUAAGUUAUAUAAAUCAAAGGCAUCAACUUAUGACCCAAAUAUACUUUAUGGAGAAAAUGAUCAAUUAGAAUUUAUAUCAGCUCAAUCAGACGAUCCAAACAAUUAUUGCGUUGCAGUUUAUGAUCCUUCAACUCAAAAAGUGGAAUUGUACAAUCAAAUUCCAGUAGAAUUAAUGAGUAUUGUCUCUAAAAAGCGAAAAAGAUCUAAAAUCCAGGAAAUUAAACAACUUGAUGUCAAGUAUUCAGAACAAAAGAGCAGUCUCGGUCGUUCUUUUGGUUCAAAAAAGGCAAAAAAGGCAAUCAAUGAUAUUCAAAGAAAUCGUAUUGAUACGGACGCCUUACAGGACAUGGAGGUCGAUAUCAUUGACAACGUUAAAUUGUCCACCUUUGAUGUUCCCACAAGAGAUGGUCUUAAAAAAUCAAUUUCAGAAUCAAAUAGACCUAUUCCUCCAUAUGACAUUAAUGCCACCAUCGUUGAUGAUGCCUUCCCAAUUUCCGGCUUAAUAGACAAAAAAGAAUGGAACAUAAUCAGACUUGCUCCAAUUUUCCAAGAAAAAGAUGCUAAAAAAAGACUUGAAUUAUUUCCUUUUAGCGAUUCAUUAUAUCUUAAAGAACAUGUAAUGAAAUACAAUAAUCCUGACAAUGAGUUGGAUGUUAAAAAGAUGAAAUUACUAUAUUUCACGUCACUUUUACUAGGAACAUAUGCAUUCAAAAAAAAUUUAUCAAAAAAAUCGCAGCUACUCGAACUACUCAAAAACCCCGCCGAAGUAUUUGUUGAAACUAUUCUCGAUAAAUUCACAAUCUCAAGACCAAGUCAAUUUGGUAAAUCCAAAGACAGAAGUUUCACCAUAGAUCCCAGCCAUGAGGACAAGCUAUUAUGUUUCAUUUUGGUUUUGAUUAUGCAUAUUGACAAUUUCUCCAUUCUCGUUGCUCCUUUGGCUCAAGAAUUGUCGCUUAAACCAUCAAGAAUGAUAAUUUUAUUGAGAGCUGUAGGUUGUCUAGUUAGAAAUGCUACCCAGACUCAAAUCGAAGCAUUUGACGUUAAAAUAACAGCAAAAGACCAAGUUGCCACAUUGAAGGUGCCUCUCAAGCUCCCUGAUUUAGUAAGAAGUGGAAGAAGACAACGAUAAACUGUGCAGAAUGAGUCUUCAAUCUCUACUUAACUUUGCAAUUCUGUAGAUUCGAUAAUACUCUCUUCGUCCUCACAACCAUUCCUCAUCUUCAGAGAUCCACCACAGAAGAGUUGAGACCUAAAUUUCUUUGGAGAGGGUAACAGUUGGGUUUUUCUGAUAUAAUUUAAAAAAUUCAGCUCUUCUUUUCUUCUACUCUUUUUAUAUCACUUAGCUCAUAUGUGGUUUAGCAACUUGUUUAUAAUGGUAUAUAGUUAAUAUAUGCUGUUUUUCACAUUUCCAUUUUUUUUUACACUUCUAUUCUUGUUUCAAAUGUAUUGUUUUAUGAUUUUGGCCU